AGAGCCUCGAGAAUAUCUUUCCCUGGCGGUACGAAUUCAAAAGACAAUGGUUCCGGGCGAGCGACGCACCGCCUGAAUGGGGCUGAGCAGAAACGAAACUUCAUGUGUGAAAACGAAAAUAGACAUCCUCCAUCGCAAUGGCUGAUUUCAUACGACAGGUUAGGUCAGGGCUGUCAACGCCGUGCAGGACCCGGCUCAUUUUACUGCUGACAUGUUUAGUCAUCGUGGCAGCUGCUGGGUUGGAGGCUUCCAAGAUGCAGAGCCCUAAGAGUGGCAAAGGGCAAGAAGUAAAUGAGGAGCUUCGGAUUCUGCUGGUUGGGAAGACUGGUGCAGGCAAGAGUGCAACAGGAAACACCAUCUUGGGGGAAAAGGCAUUUGCAUCUGAUUUCUCCUCAGUCUCUGUAACCACAGAGUGCAAAAAGGUCCAUGGAAAUGUGAAUGGAAGAAAAGUAGCGGUUAUCGACUCUCCAGGUCUGUUUGACACUAACUUAAGUUCAGAUGAGGUGGUCAGUCAGAUGAAGCUGUGCCUUCCACUGUGUGCACCAGGUCCACAUGCAUUUUUAGUUGUAAUCAGGUUAGGUAGAUUCACAGAGGAAGAGGAAGAAACAGUAAAUCUAUUUCAGAUGAUUUUUGGUGAAGAAACCUCCAAGUACACCAUGGUACUGUUCACACACGGUGAUGAACUGAAAAGGAAAAAUGUUCAUCAGUUUGUACGUGACAGCCCGAAGCUUUUGAAUGUCAUCAAGAAAUACAGUGGGCGAUACCAUGUGUUCAAUAACAAAGAUCAGGAUCCAGAGCAGGUCAUCCAGCUUCUGGACCAGAUUGAUAAGAUGGUCACUGGAAACGGUGGAGGACACUACACCACAGAGAUGCUGCAGGAGAUUGAGAAAGCUAUAGAAGAAGAGAAACAGCGCAUCCUGAAAGAGAAUGAAGUUAAGAGACUGGAAGAGAUAAGGAAACUGAGGUCACUGCUAAAAGGAGAAGAGAUGGAAAUGGCAAUCCAGGUUCUGAAAGUGAAACACGAGAGAGAGGCAAGAUGGAAAGCUGAAAGAAGCAGUACACUGUUUGAAAAAAUCAAACAAUUUCUUUAUGACAUCUUCAAUAAGAUUUAUGAAUAUGUCAAAAGUUUUUUUUAUCCUACACACCAGUUUCCUACAUUUAUUUUUGGGGCAGCAUACAGCAGCCAAUGGAAUGCAUAUUCAGCCAAAGCAAAGCCAGUAGGAGACCUCAGUGCUCAUAACAAAAACAAAAAGGUCCUCAUUUCAUAAAAAUACCAGGUGACUAGGUGGGCGCUCAGUUAGGCACAGACCAUACCUCUAAAUAUCUGUCAUUUAUUAAGCCAUUACACCAGGUGAUCUCUGUAGGCCUGUGUAAAUCCAUAAUGGUAACAAUUAUCUGUGAAUACACCUGAAAAUUAAAGGCAAAUGUAUCUACACUGAAACAUUAUGAAUUUAAAUAUUUUAAAAAAUGUGAAAAAACAGAUUUGAGUCUCAUUUUAAACAGUUUAUCCAAACACUUUGUAAAGUUCUCCCUUUAAAAGGGAAUUCUGUGGAAGUUUGCAGAGGCCUGUUGCUAUAUUUUUUUGAUUGUUAUCUUUAGAUAAUGAGUUACUUAUCUUGUGAUCUCAAGAUAACAACUUUGUUAACUCAUUAUCUCAAGAUAACAAUCCAGAAAAUUACAUGUACCUCAUGGCCUCUCCAGACUUCUGUAGAAUUCCACCAACUCUUCUUGGUUUCCUUUUAUAAUUAAAUGGUUAAAAUGUAAACGGUCAUUUAGAGUAGUUUAGGGUGGCUGAAAAGAUCCAACAAACUGCAAAUAAAAACAAACUGCAAAAUGUUGAAAACACUUCCAUCAAAAUGACAACACAGGUGCUGCAUUUUACAAAUGGGCUGCAGAUUUGUAGACAUUCUGCGAACUCAGAAAGCACUUUUGUCAAAAUGACAUCAACGCUACCUUUCAUAAACAUGCUGCAACGAGUUCAUAAAAUGCAAAAUGUGUCAUCACAUUCUCCAUAGUAGUUUAGUGUGAAAUGCUCCGUUCAGUCAGAAAUGUUCACAAAUCUCCACAGAAAAUGUUUAUGAAUACACUGCCUGAAGUCUGAGACUUUGUUUUCUGGUAGAUCUGAAAGAAGACAUGCAGAGGUUCACUGGUGGUUUGGGGUAGUAAAUAAAAUGGAUAUAUUUGUGGUGUAGAAAUUGUGACCCCUGGUUCAAUUUCAAAACAAACUUCUCUGAAUUACAUUGUUUAUGCAAGUUAUAGUGAGUAUGCAAAGUUAUAAGGAAUUAGUUUAGGUUUCAUUUUAAAACUUUCUUUUAGGAUUCUUUUGAACCUAAAUAUCCACCUGUAGUCUUAAAUGACAAAAUCAUUUUAAAUUUUAUAUAAAAUCUAUGAUUUUCUUUUUAUAUCUUAUAUUUAUAUCCUAUAUUUAUGUUAUUCAGCAAUUAUAUUGAGCACAAUGCAGACUGACUGAGCUAUUGUUAAAUGGCCCAUCCUCCAUAUUUUCCUUGUAUUUUAUUUUUUCCCUGAUGGCCACUUAUAACAGAUCACAAUAAAGUAAAAUGGGUUUAUUAAUAAAGGGAUUCAAAAUCAUGGUCAGCCAGUCCAAGUUCAAAAGCCAUUACAUGAAAACAGUAACCAUGAGGGGAGUCCAAAAUGCUAUGUCAAACAAUGCUAUAUCACCAGAAAGCCCAACACUGAAAGGGCAAGGCAAAAUGCAAAGUCAAAAAACAAACAAGGCAAUGGUCAUACAAGAAAAGGCAAACCAACAGAUGGAAAGCUUGGUAUGGCUCUGAAAACAAAGGAAAUACUUCACAAAGAAGCUAAGCUAAAGGCCCUGCCUAAAUACUAAACUAACAAGCAUAAGAACAAGGAACAGGUGUGUGUGUGUGUGUAAUCAGUAGUCAGGUUAGGCAGACCAUGCAGAAUCAUGUGAGGGAGAUCGUGGUUAUGUGAUCCAGAGUGGGGUUCUGGUAAUAUUCAGAGGCCAAGAAGCAGAGACAGCAGUAAUAGAGGGAAGUGUUACAAUAGCCCUUUAUUAUGCGUCAUUUAAUUGGAUGAAUUAAUGUAAAUGAGUUGCUUUUUGUGUCAUCACAGCAACACUGAAUAUAAACUGGGCUGUUGCAGCAAAAUUUCCAUAAAUGCAUUGUGUGUAGUUUGAAAUUUUAAUAAUGUUCACGAAUGACUCCAAACUAAAUAACUGAAAGAGUAGGGAAAGCCUAGGCUUGCAUGUACAUCCUCUGCAUUUAGAAGUUUCAUCAUGCUGUCCUCUAAGUAUCUUUGUGUUGAUGUAUAUUGCUGCUUAGAACAUUGUGAGCAAUUUGAUUUCUGGACAACACAUUCAUUUUAAAAUAACCGAAAGGCCGACUGUUUGCACUGAAGUCCCUGUAGUUGUAACGGGGAGCGAGGAGGCGGACGCAUGUGCUGAGGUA